GAAAGCGUCGUUGCGUUUGUGAGUGAGUGCAAGAGAAUCUGUGGGUGCAGGGAAAGCGUGCUGCAGCGGAUUUGCAGAAGGGUAGUCGUCUUCGGCUGGGGAAACAGUCCUUGCUGCCAACUUGCCCUCCAGGUAGAUCCGUUGUCUUGAUUUGUACCCAUUUCCUCGGUCUAGCCUCCUUGCCGUAAUUCAACUGGACUCAAGUUCAUACCCCAAGUUGAUUGUGUUCUAAAAAGUUGUACCCUAUGCAGAACCCAACUGACCAGUUUGUCCUUUUGAAGAAAGCGUGUGUCCAGUCCGCACCGUGGAGUCGUCCCAACAAUCUGGUGAUCAGAUUCGAAAGCUGCUCGCACGGAAAUUCAUCCGGUCACCAUCAGCUGGACAAUUCGUGCUGCAUGCUUGCCAGGUAAUCAGCAUCGACUCGGGACCUGCAGUGGAAUACAGUCAGUUUGUCCAACAUGUCUGUGGGUACGGUUACUGAGGGUAUGGCUAUGACACAGUGCCAAGUCUGCCAACGACCCAGCAACAAUCUCCAGCACCUGUCUCCGUCCGAGGCCACGGUUAGGUUCCUGGAGUCGAAGCGUGUGGACUGCUCCCCUUCGCAUCAGCUGUAUGCCUGCCACACUUGCCAUACAGAGGUGGUGGCAGCUGCAGUACUACAGAAUGGCUGCAUGAACGCCGCCAGUCUGGGUAUGCAUGUGGACAGACAACAGCAGCAACAGGAAAGCAGGAGUUCUUGUACAUGCCAUUCCUGCGGUGUGUGCAUUCCGUCCGACACAACUCACCCCGCACUGGGGCAGAGGAGUGACCGGUCGCCGAAGACGAUGUGUUCGUCGUGCUCUCUCUCGCUCAACGGAGGUCAGCUGCGGUCGGCAUACCCCAGCAGUAAUCCACCAUCAACAUCGCACAAAUCCUUCGGGCAGCAGUCUGAGGCAUCCGCUGUGACCGGUGAUUGUUCACGUGGCCACACACAGGCCGCAGAGGUGUUCACAUCCCGGAAACGAGUCAGGUCUUCCUCCUGCAACGGGGAUGAAGGAGACUCUGCAGAGUCAAAGAGAAUGUUCUCUCAGUCAGACUCAAGCAGAGAUCAGAUGCAACAGCAGCAGCAGCAGGAUUUUGCAGAUCAAGACAACACACUUUCUACAGCCAUGCAGCAGCAAGAGCAACACCAACAACAGCAGCAGCAGCAACAACAACAACAACAGCAGCAGCAACAACAACAGUGGUCAUCUCCGCCUGAUCAAGGUGGGAGGGAUGAUGGAGGCAGUGGUGGCGAUCGGUUCACUCUACUUCAGGCGCCUGGGCAAGUUGAGACGACGCUAGCUCAGUCUGCAGCGGCUACUGCUUGCCAGCCUGCCGCUCCCGCUUCAUUCUGCACAGGCCAGACGGCGCCCGCUCCACACAUCCAGCAACGCAUGGACGAUGAUCAGCUUAUAUGUAUUCUGCCGACGGGUGUCGGUGUUGUGUCGUCUAUGCAGCCAGUGUGCAGUGAUCCGGCCUCCAGUCACCUACCGCCGGCACUCAGUCGCCUGGAAGAGUUUGCCAACGCAGCGCUCGGCACUGAUCACACGGACCCAACACCGGAAGAGAAACUCGCCGCUGCUGCACUAAUGGCCGUGCAGAAAGAGGGACGUGCCAACCAGGCUGCUGCAAAGGUGAACGGAGCGAUGCCAAAGAAGUCACGCAAGCGAAAGAAGGCUGAGAAGGAGUCCAAGCAAUCAGGUGACGACAAUUACAAAUCUCAGGAUUCAAGCCUUCCCUGCGGCAAGAAGGAAUCAGCUCCGAAAAAGUCCACGCCCAGCAAGCCCUCCGCCAGGUCCUCUAAGUCAUCUGCCAGCGGCUCUGACAUGCGCCGCAAGUCGUCGACGGCAUCUUCGCGGGGCUCGUCGAGUGGCAGCGUUAGUGCUGGCCGUGUUGGCAGAACGCCCUCGUCUAGCUGCACUGCCUCGCCUCUUCCGCAGAGUCCUUGCAUUUCGCCCGGCUUGGACGGCAGCAGUUCUUCUCUACACCAUCACCUGGCUAACAACACUAACAACACCACCAACAGUACUUCCAGUACCAGUAGCAGUGCCGGUAAGCACAGCAGCAGGCGAGACAGCAAGCAGGAUUCGCACGAGAAGAGCAAGCGCUCCGGUCCGCCUCAUCCGUUCUUCUGGCCCGUGCCUAUGAUGGGCUGGCCAAGCAUGAUGUGCUGGCCACCAUCCAUGGCAGUACCGGGCAAGGCAACUUCUCCCAACUUUCCAGCUGCAGCUGCUGCCGGCGCUGCACCUGGUACUGGCGAUUUCAAUCAGGCCUCUUGGCCUAUGCAGCAAAUGCAGCAGAUGCAACAGAUGCAGCAACAGCAGCAGCACUUCCAGAAGCUUGUACUCCAACAGCAGCAGCAACAGCAGCAGUACCUCCGACAGCAGCAACAGCAGCAGCAAGUGACGACUCAAAUGCAGCAGCAAUCGGGCGCACAGCCGGCACAUCCGGGCGCGGCUCAUCACCCAGCUGCACAGCUAAUGCUCCCGUUACAGGGAGCCAUGGUCAAGGAUACCAACAGUGGGCAGAUGUCGGGCGUAUCCACUCCAGUCCUGGGAUCUCCGCGCACAGAGCAACCGGCGGUUGGACUGGUGCAGAUGACGCCCACUCAGUCCCCGCACGGUACGGCCACUGGUGUUGCUGGCUUAACAUGUGCACCGAUUCCUGCAGGUAUGAUGGGAAGUCGUGCAAUGCAACCAGCGACGAUCGCACCCAAUAAUCUGGACAAUGUCUCCAAGUCAGUGCCGAGGAGCAGCAGUUCCUCUCGCGUCUGCAGUCCGGCCACCACUGGCGGUCCGGUGCAUCGACUUGGUGCAAAUAGCCUGCCGUCAACACCCAUGGAAGCACCUAGCAGGACAUUGGAAGGUGCACUAAUGGCCGACAGUGUUGUGGCAUGCUCGCGGCCCACACUUCCGUCAGCUUACGUCAGCAACAUGAUCAAGUCCUCAUACCAGCCCAGCUCCAGAUCUGAAACGCCCAAGAAUGCUGGUGUCCCGUUCCCACACAUACUGCCUAGAUGGAUGAAUAGCGAAGACCAGGGUUCUGAGCCGAUGCAGUACGAGGAAGACACGUUGCAGCAUCUGGUUCUCAAAUUCCUGCGGGAGCGUGAGCAUUUGGAGCCGGUUGCCGAAAGCCUAGCUGAGCUUACCACAGCACAUGAGCUGCCAUCCUGGGAAGAGCUCGGCUUGCCUUUGGAGGAGCCGCCAGAUUUGGUUGAUCUCCUGCGUGGUUUCUGUCAGCUAGUACACAUCACAAGACACCAGCAGCGUGCCAUUGGUUCACAGAAUAUCCACUGGAGCAACGUUGUCAAUAGUCAGCAGACAUCCUUCCGCCAGGCAAUGGAUCAGCAGAGCUCUGUAGUCCAGCAGCUGCAGCAGCUUGUGUCCGAGCGAGACAAGCAGAUGAACCAGCUGCAAAGCAAGCUGAAGGCGCUGGAGCGGCAGUACCAGUUCCUCAUGUCCUGGAUGCCGGGCAUCCUGCCCUCGUCAGCUGCUAACAUGCUGUCAGAGAUGUCCACCACCAAUGACUCGCAGGUGACUGCAGAGGCAAUGGCCGCCGUUGCUCGCAGCAUGGCCAGGGAUAACAGCUCGGCCAGUGUGAGCUCGGCCGCAGCAGCAGCAGCUGCUGCCGCCGCCGCUGCUGCUGCCGCUACAGCUCAACACGGUUCAAUGUCAACAGCUAUGCAACAACAACAACCAGCAAAGGAACAGCAACAGCGGCAAACACCACCGCAGCCGGUCCAGCACCAGCAACAACAUCCGGCACAUCACCCGCAACAGCAGCAACAGAAAAGCUCCUCGCCUCCCGUCCCGCUGGCCAUGUCCGUUGCUCCGACCGUGUCGCCGCCGCUGGUACCAGCAUCUGCAACUCAUCCCGCACAGCAGCACGGGCAACUACCCGGACCCGCAUCAACAGUGCCGCUCUCGGUCAAUCCGGGCGCUCGUGUGUUCGAGACUUCCAGUCCAGCGUCGAGAAUUUCAUCACCAGUGCCUGUACCUUACCCGCUGCACUCACCAGUGGGCAGUUUACACGGCUCGCCGGCACACACGCCAAUACUCAAUAAAACAUUCGCUGGUAUUGUUUACCCGGAGCCCAGUCAAUUGCCGUCCGCACGCAGCACGCCGCCAUUCCCGAGCGGGCCGCCGACUCCCAUUCCACAGUACCUGCAACAGGGGUCUGCACAGCAGCAUCUUCAGGGCAUGGCUGACCUCUCUUGUGCAAACUCACCCGACGUGCUCCUGGAAACUGGCUCGCCGCAGGCAAUGGUCAAUGGUGUGGAUGCCGAUGGGCACAGUGUUGCUGGCGUGCCUGUUCAUUCACAACUGGCCGGUGGCGGUGCCACUAUGCUGCACGGCAUGCGUCACAAUUCCACCUCGCCGUCCAUGUCAAAGAUGGUAGUAGCCAGCCGCGGGAUGCUGACGGACGGCUCACUGCCGAGCAGUGUGGUGAAUCAGCUGAGCAUGCAGCAUGGCGGUGAUGCUGCAGCUGCAAACACUCGCAUGCUGCAACAGCAGCAGCAGCAGCAACCGCAGCAAUUCAUUAACCGGCCGAACAGCCUUAUUUCAACUGGGCACUUCCCGACCACCGUUGCCUCUGCGGCUGCAGCUGGUGGUAAGUUCUCGUCGGUGAGUCGAUCAUCCCUGUCCAGUCUGACUGCUCUUCUCAACUCCAAUGAGUCGCAAGAUGUGUGCUCCCAGAUGAACUUGGUGUGAGGAGUAUGGGUACUCAGUCAUUCGGACUCUUUACUGCCUUUGCUAUGGCAAGUGUCAGCAGAGUACCACUAGCCUUGCCCAUGACCUAGCUGCUCUGCCAGCACUAACGCUGUGAAGGCCAGCUUAAAACUGUGGGCAGCUGUGUUUUUACUGAACGCCCUGUCUCCCAUACAAGCGCAGCACGACAUGAGCAGCACUGACGCAAGCAGCACUGGAUGUAGGCAAAGUCAGGACCCCAGCACAGUGCUGACUGCACCCAUUCUUCACCGUCCCACCAGUCUAUAUGCCAUAUUCGCAGCAGCUGUUGUGCAGUGUGGAUGGUGUGCUGCCCACGCAUAGACUGCAAUGUCACACCAUGCCAGACCCGCCCUCUACUUGUACCAAUUACUGGCAUGUAUGCAUGCAUGCAUGCAUACUUAUGAUGGCUGGCAGAGAUCUAGUUAGAAUGCAGUUCUAUGGCUGAGGAGAUAGUCCAUCCAGCAGCUCAUAGAAUCCCUGUGGAUUAACUUAACACACGCCAGUCUCUUAUGCUGCUACUCUUAUUAAUCUUGUGUAGACAUUUAGAGUAUUUCUAUCGCAAUGCCGCACGCCGCGUGCCGAAACCCAGCAGCGCAUCUCUGAUUGCAUGCUGCUACUAUUAGUAAGUAGCUUUACUCUCCCUCUCUCCCUCCCUUUCUCUCUCUCUCCCUCUCUCUCUCUCUCUUUCUCUCUCUCUCUUCCCUUGCUUCAAUACUACCCGCAUCUGCCCGGUCAAGCAGACUUAAUCUGAUUUUCCUUGGUCCGCUUUUCUGCCGAGGUCAUCAAGUUCCUACCCUUGGACCUGUUCUCUUCUGUGACGCCGCUCUAGUCGUCCGUUUCGUCACCACAGUUGUAUCGUACAUUUAAUAAUAAGUAUUACUAGUAGCUCUAGUAUCCCUUACUACAAUUACAAUAGUAGCGUUAAUUAUCAUAGUUAUUAUGUUGCUAUGCCGACUGCACGUAGCUAGAUCGAUUGUCGGCUAAGGUUCGCAGUAUAAUUAUUGUCAAAGCAGCACCAGCCAGCAUCUUUUCCUAUUCUCAAAUGAUUCGCAAUCUGUCCGUCGCUGCACGUUAUCGUAGUGGUACAGUAUUAGUACUUGUCCUAUCGGCAUCCCUGCCAUCCUUAUCACUCAUAUUGACCUGGCCGUAUAAUAAAGUAUG